AUGGCUCUGCGACUCGUCACGGCAUCACCAGAAUUGGUCCGCGUAAAUGGCAAACCUCACGCCGAAAGUGUGUUCGACGAUAUCGAAGCCAUGCUUGAACGUAAAGGCGAAAGAGGUGACAAGUCGGAGAAGUCAGACAAGCUUGCGCCAACAGUGUCAGUUGUCGAGAUCAAAGAGAUGAAACAACCCGCAAAGGGCAAGCAUGAUACUGCCUACCUGGACGGUCUACGAGGCUUUGCUGCCCUCCUGGUAUACUCAUUACACCACCAAGUCUGGGGACAUUCUGGAGUUCAGGGCGAGCUAAUCCUUGAGAAUGUAUUCGGAUGGGAGGGACAGUACUACUUCGUCUGUCUCCCUGGCAUACGCCUCCUAUUUUCUGGCGGUCACUUUGCGGUCGCCAUCUUCUUCGUGAUCUCCGGCUAUGUCUUGUCCUUGGGACCUUUGCGAGCGCUUCAUGCCCAGGACCAGUCCGGCUUGGCCAGGAGGCUGGGAUCAGCGCUGUUCAGAAGAUGGGUUCGACUCUUUCUUCCGGUUCUCGCAACAACUUUCGUGUGGAUGACUACGUGGCACAUGUUCGGGAUUAAGAACAACAACCCCAUUGCGGACCCUCCGCAAAGCAAUUAUCUUGAUGAACUGUGGAAGUGGUAUUGCGACUUCAAGAACUUCAGUUUCGUCUUCACAGGCGAACCGGCGAACGCAUACAAUGAUCACACUUGGUCCAUUCCCAUGGAGUUUCGCGGCUCUAUCGUUGUGUACACCGCUUGUUUGGCCUUCACAGAACUUUCAACGAAUAGCCGUCUGCUAUGUGAGGCAGGACUCGUAUGGUACUUCCUCUACAUUGUCGACGGCUGGUUCUGCUGUCUCUUCAUGGUCGGCAUGCUCUUCUGCGACUUGAAUCUCCUUGCGAAGGGCGGUGAACUGCCGAGACUGCUCGAGAGACUUCGACCGACGCGACGCUGGAUCUUCUAUAUCCUCUUCACUGCCGCCAUUUAUCUUGCAGGCGUGCCGUCCAUCAGUAACGAUCUUCCGCAUCUCCGAAGAUCACCAGGAUGGUGGCUCUUAUCAUUCCUCAAGCCACAGGCUGUCUACGACUUUCGGUGGUUCUACCGCGUCAUCGCUGCUAUCCUGGCUAUGGUGUCCAUCCCCAAUUUGCCCUGGAUCAAGGCCUUCUUCGAGACGAGGUUCUGUCAGUACCUGGGGAAGAUCUCAUUUGGUCUCUACCUUGUCCAUGGCCCUGUGCUAUGGAGUCUGGGCGACCGAGUCUACGCAGCAGUCGGAUGUGUGCGUGAGGGUCAUGCAAGCGCAACACCCGGCUGGAUCAAUCUGGCACCAUUCUCUGAUUGGGGACCGUUUGGUCUGGAGGUCAACUAUCUGGCGGCUCAGCUCAUUCUUCUGCCGUUCACGAUCUGGCUCGCAGAUCUGGUCACCCGAGCGAUCGAUGAGCCAAGUGUGAAAUUCUCUCAGUACCUUCUCAAGCGCGCCAGCUCAUCAGCUUCGGCUUUGCCGGCGGUGGAGCCGGCACGGGAGAAAAGAAGGCAUCUGCGCUCUUGCACGGAGUAA